GGAGGUGGGGCAGGGCUGGCCUUCUGUGCUAGUCGCUUCCGCUUCCGGUUUCAUAUGAACUCUCCCGCCACCCGGGAACAGUGGCUGCCACCGUUUGUGUUUUCCCGAGUUUGAAUUCUUGCAGGUGACCAAGAUGGAGUUUUCUGGAAGAAAGUGGAGGAAGCUGAGGUUGGCAGGUGACCAGAGGAAUGCUUCCUACCCUCAUUGCCUUCAGUUUUACUUGCAGCCACCUUCUGAAAACAUAUCUUUAAUAGAAUUUGAAAACUUGGCUAUUGAUAGAGUUAAAUUGUUAAAAUCAGUUGAAAAUCUUGGAGUGAGCUAUGUGAAAGGAACUGAACAAUACCAGAGUAAGUUGGAGAGUGAGCUUCGGAAGCUCAAGUUUUCCUACAGAGAAAACUUAGAAGAUGAAUAUGAACCACGAAGAAGAGAUCAUAUUUCUCAUUUUAUUUUGCGGCUUGCUUAUUGCCAGUCUGAAGAACUUAGACGCUGGUUCAUUCAACAAGAAAUGGAUCUCCUUCGAUUUAGAUUUAGUAUUUUACCCAAGGAUAAAAUUCAGGAUUUCUUAAAGGAUAGCCAAUUGCAGUUUGAGGCUAUAAGUGAUGAAGAGAAGACUCUUCGAGAACAGGAGAUUGUUGCCUCAUCACCAAGUUUAAGUGGACUUAAGUUGGGGUUUGAGUCCAUUUAUAAGAUCCCUUUUGCUGAUGCUCUGGAUUUGUUUCGAGGAAGGAAAGUCUAUUUGGAAGAUGGCUUUGCUUACGUACCACUUAAGGACAUUGUGGCAAUCAUCCUGAAUGAAUUUAGAGCCAAACUGUCCAAGGCUUUGGCAUUAACAGCCAGGUCCUUGCCUGCUGUGCAGUCUGAUGAAAGACUUCAGCCUCUGCUCAAUCACCUCAGUCAUUCCUACACUGGCCAAGAUUACAGUACCCAGGGAAAUGUUGGGAAGAUUUCUUUAGAUCAGAUUGAUUUGCUUUCUACCAAAUCCUUCCCACCUUGCAUGCGUCAGUUACAUAAAGCCUUGCGGGAAAAUCACCAUCUUCGUCAUGGAGGCCGAAUGCAGUAUGGCCUAUUUCUGAAGGGCAUUGGUUUAACUUUGGAACAGGCAUUGCAGUUCUGGAAGCAAGAAUUUAUCAAAGGAAAGAUGGAUCCAGACAAGUUUGAUAAAGGUUACUCUUACAACAUCCGUCACAGCUUUGGAAAGGAAGGCAAGAGGACAGACUAUACACCUUUCAGUUGCCUGAAGAUUAUUCUAUCCAAUCCACCAAGCCAAGGGGAUUAUCAUGGGUGCCCAUUCCGUCACAGUGAUCCAGAGCUGCUGAAGCAAAAGUUGCAGUCAUACAAGAUCUCUCCUGGAGGGAUAAGCCAGUUUUAUAGAGUAUACUCCCAGAGGCAUCCCGGCUUCUUUUGAAGAAGUAAGCUUAAGGUACCCAGAAAGUUAAGUAAAUUUAUUUCAUAAAGCAAGUAGUUUAGAUUUUUAGACUGGGUAGCUUUAAGUCAUUUCAUUCUUCUUGGUGGUGUUUACCAUCAAUUUGCAAUGUAUUUCUUGUUAAAGUUUCUAUCUCUGAAUUUAUAUGAUUAUUUUUACUUCUUAAUUCUUAAGUGACAGAUUUUAACAUUAGCUUCUGUUUUCAAUAGCAUAUCCAGGAGAUAUGAUACAUCUUUUAAUAAACAAUCUAAGGUAAUUAUUAAAUCAGUACAUGAUACAUCUUUUAAUAAGCAUAAUCUUCUAAAGUAAUUAUAUAAUCAGUAUAAAUAUCUUUCAUUAUUUUCAUAAAGAUCAUAGAGCAUAGUGAUUCUGAAGUGGCUUGCUUUUAUAUUAGGCCAAAAAAUAGAAUACUCAAAGCACAGUAAUAAUUAGUAACUGAACCAUGGAACUGAGGUUUGACAAUACAUUUCUCCGUAUCUCUAAGCAGGCUUUACAUGCGUCUUCUCGUUUGUCCUACCUUCCCCCUCAUUAUCUUUCCUCUCUUCUUCUUUCUCUUUCCUUCCCUCCUUGCUUUCUAAGUUUACUUAGUUGUUAAUGUUCCCUAAGAGCUUAAAUCCUUUAAUCCAAAAUGUUGGUAUUAAUGUGCACUAAGAAAAUCAGUAUUUUUGGUAGCAGUUUAAAUUGCUUCUCAACAAUCCUUUUAUUGGUACCUAACUACAAUAGAGUAUGAUAAGUGCUUUAAUAAUUAACUAUUACAAAGUAUGCUAAAUGCUUUUAUAAAAAUAUAUUCAAAGUGCCAGAGGGGAAAGAUCUUCUGUUGAAGAGGGAGCAGAAGAGAAUGCUUCAUAUAAGAAGUGACAUUUUAAUUGGGUUUGAAAGUUGAGUAGGAGUUUCCCCUGUGCCUGAUGUAAGGCAGAUUAGGCAAAAGGAGCAGCAUUCAUUCAACAUCAACAAAUAAUAAUUGCGUGAGGAUUGUAUUCCAUUUACUGUUCAAGACACUGGGAAUAUAAUGAUGACUAAAACUAGUGAGACUUCUACCUUCAUGGAGCUGAUAUUCCAGUGGGGAGACAGACUGUAUUAGUCUGUUUUCAUGCUGCUGAUAAAGACAUGCCCAAGACUUGGUACUUUAUAAAGAAAAAAAGGUUUAAUGGACUCACAGUUCCAUGUGGCAUAGGAGGCCUCACAAUCAUGGUGGAAGGUGAGAGGCACGUCUUACAUAGCAGCAGACAAGAGAGACAAUGAGAUCCAAGUGAAAGGGGUUUCCCCUACAAAACCAUCAUCAGAUCUCGUGAGACUUACUCACUACCACGUGAACAGUAUGGGGGAAACCGCCCACAUGAUUCAAUUAUCUCCCACCAGGUCCCUCCCAUGACACGUGGGAAUUAUGGGAGCUACAGUUCAAGAUGAGAUUUGGGUGAGGAUAGAGCCAAACCAUAUAUCGCAGAUAAACAAGUAAGUGUAGUGAAAUAAAACUAUGGCAGGAUAAGAGAGAAGAAUGAGACUUGUGGAGGUGACUCUAUUAAUUUAAAUAAGGUUGUUUGGUGUGUUUUGAGGAACCCUAGUCCUGAGAGAUCUAUGAAAAAUGGAUUCUGGGGACAAAUUAGUUUGAGAAACGUUACCCUAUUAAGUUCUGCUACAAAGAAACUUAGGUAAUUGUGGAUUAAAGCCAGUUAAACAAGUUAUUAGACAAGAAAACCCCCGAUCAUCACUAGGAUUUUGUGAGCUAAAGUUCCAAAGAGCACAUUGCAGGAGAAGCUGGACCAGAGUAUGAGGAUCCAGUGGCCAGGUAGGACAGGGUAGGAGCCUUUGAAUCAUGAUGAAAAGUUUGUGCCCCAGCCAUGCCAGGAUUAGAUUUGGCUUUUAGAAAAGGUACUCUUGUGGCAAUGUGGCAGCUAUCUUGAGUGAAGAAAGUAUAAAUCAAGAAGCUUUCCAAUAAAAAAGAGAAUGAUGAAGGCUUCAAAAAUGGAGAGAAAAGGGUAGAUUUUAAUGACAUUUGGAGGUAGAAUUGACUCAGAUAACUUUGUUUAUAGAUAAUAAAGAGUCAGAAAAAUUCUUGACAUAUAAUGUUUUAAAGAAAUGAAAGUACAUCUUCAAGAGAGGGAAACUUGGCCCUGAUCUUCCAGUCAGUGAAGGUCACAGCAAGGCAGCAGCAGGCUAAGCUGUGCUGAGUGUGUGAGAAAUGGGAGCAAAGUCGUGUGUUCAAAAAUGUGCAAGACUUGGCAUCUCCACCACAUUUUUCUUUCACCUUUGAAAUAUGGGAAGGUUAGAAAUGGAGUGGAAAAAUAUCAGCCCAGUCUAGUUUUGAAAGAUUGAGUUUUUUAGGAAGAAGCAAGCUUGUUAUCACUUUUAAAUAAGACAAAACAUGACCUUGAAUUAGAUUAGCCACAUAUCUAAUUGGUGAGUACAGCAUAUCUAGCUGUACAGCGCUCUGCUCACCAAAGCCAAAGAUGGGCAGGUGGCUGCAUUCUGCUGCCAGGUAAUCAUCUGAACCUCGCUGGCAGGCAUUGAAGCAAAAGAGAGAGAGGAAUUUGCGGCUGGCUGGAAAUAUUAAGAGUAUUAGCAAGAGGGAGGAAGUGUGGCUCAAAGUUAUAAAAUGUUGUGUGUGUAUAAAAAGAAGAGAGUUCUAUUUUUGUAUAUGUAUGUGUUAUAAAUAGACAUACCUAUUGCAUUUCCCACCAGUGUUCUGUAUCAUCUAUGUUCCGUCACUGAUUAAAUCAGAAAAAUAUCACCUUAUUUGCUUUUUGCUCCUCAACCGCAAAGAAGUCUUUGGUGAGGUGCUUUACUAGAAUUGUCUUACAG